CAUGGCUUGCGGGGUUGGUCCCAAGCGGACGGUGGUACAACCGCGGAGAAUGAGAUCACUUAAAGCUUGCUGACCCCUCACGAGAGCUCCUCUGCAGCUCAUUCCAGCUACACAGUUCACUCGACAGCAUUCCAUUUCACGCAUACUGCUCAAUUGAAACCCUCUCAAGCUUCCUUCAUUGCCUAGAUCCUACAUACAGCUUUCCAAGAUGGCAGCAGUAUACUCUCGCCGACCCAGCCACCUCGAAGGCCCCCUCUCGCCUUCGAUAAUCCCUGACCUGGCGAUCCUGCCAAAGCCCCUCCCUGCAGACGAGCUGCCCUGUGGCCAGCUCGUCUCCAAGAAGUCCAAGCACACACCGACCGCGCUCGAGGACCGCGACUACGAUGACAUUGGCACAAGAUGGUACAAGGACGUCUUCUUCUUCAACACAGAUAGCGGCCACUUCGUCGAGAGCUUCGGUGGCACCCAUCUCCUCCAAAAGCCGCUUGACAAGGGAACCGAGGCGGGCACUAUUGAAGCCGAAGAACAACGCGUGAGGCUGCUGAAGGACGAAAAUGCCUCCCUCCAGAAGGUCUGGCAGGACGAAGCAGCAAAGAAGUGGAUCAAGGAGCAAGACGAGGCGGGCUUUGUCAUCGCUCAUCGCCAAGUCUCGAAUGCGAGCUACAAGCGUGCACGAUUGGUCGAUGUAGGAAACAACAACUGGGAGGUCGUGCGAGAGGUUGGCGGCGAGGACAACUCUGGCAAGAGGAGAAACUCAGAACUGCCCAUCAGGACCGACAGCAAGUGGGAUGUAGUCGGCGUCGUUGUCAAGAAGAUUAUCCUUGAGGGCGACAAUGUCAAGCUCGGUGAAGAGCUCGGCGCUGAGUACUGGAACUGAUUUCGCAUCAUGGUCACCCUACUCUACGGAGCUAGGUGGUGACAAGAAGCAGUACCAAAUUUCGACUAGGGUUGGCGUCGGACGUGUUUACCAUUACCAUUGUAUUCAAAAUUCUAAAAUCAUAAGUGGAUUCAUAUCAUCUUCACUACACACUAUUCUCCAUACCAGGUUGAUACAGUUCUGCUGUCUGCGGUUACAACAGAAUGAACGAAUAAUCUUACUUGUAGUAACAUCCCAAGCUACGUGCUAGGUCUCUACGAUUCCUACAAUGUCAGCAUUCCUCCUACUCUUCU